AUGGCUGGUCUCGUCUCGGCCGCGGCCGCUUCCAAGAAGCGAAAGAACCCCAAGGACAGCGCCAAUCCCUCCUCCAAACGCCGUGUCGUUGCCGAAUCCCACAGCGACGAUGCCAUGGCCAAGGUGCUCGAACUCGAAGAGCAGAUCUCCGAGUCGCGCAAGUACUACAACAACAUUGCGACCCUGUUGUCGAUGCUCAACGCCGAAGACAAUGCAGCCCAACCGAACUUGACCGUCGCCGUCUCGCUCUGCAGGGUUUUCAGCCGGUUGAUCGCCGGUGGGAAUCUGACCGAGACCGAGCGGGCCGCAGAGAACGAGAAAAUUAUCGUCGCAUGGCUGAAGGAGCGUUGUCGGGAAUACCAGAAGGCGCUCGUCGCCAUUCUCCGCGAGAGCGAUCCGUCGUCUCAGGUGACGGCCUUGACUCUCGCGAUGCGACUCGUCAACGAGCGUGCCACCCACCUGCCCGGCGACGACACCCAAGUGUGGACCUCCGGUUUCUUCAAGAACAUUGUCGAGGCGGUGGUGGAGGCCAGAGACGGCGAGCUCCUACGGUCCGAGUUCAUCACGAAGUUUGCCAAAGCAUACGAAGACGUACAAUUCUACACCUUUGUCCAGAUCUCGGACUACGCCGCAUCACAACAAUCCCCCGAAGCCCUCGACACCCUCAUCGCCAUCCUCUCCGCAUGCGACUCCGUCCCCGGCCCGCAGCACAAGUUCAAAAACUUCUACACCAAGUCGAGCGCGAACAACAAGAAGCUCCUCUCCGUCAACACGCACAAGAAGCGCGCGCAGGACGCCUGGCUCGCCGUCCUCCGCAACAACCUCUCGCAGUCGCAGCGCAAAUCCAUGCUGCGCAUCAUGGUGCACUCCAUCGAGCCGUGGUUCAGCCGCCCCGAGCUGCUCAUGGACUUCCUCACGGACUCGUACAACGUCGGCGGCGCCACCUCGCUCCUCGCCCUCUCCGGCCUCUUCUACCUCAUCCAGGAGAAGAACCUCGACUACCCGCAGUUCUACCACAAGCUGUACUCGCUGCUGGACGCCGACCUGCUGCACUCCAAACACCGCUCCCGCUUUUUCCGCCUGCUCAACACCUUCCUCGCCUCCACCCAUCUGCCCGCCACCCUCGUCGCCAGCUUCAUCAAGCGUCUCGCCCGCCUCGCCCUCAACGCGCCCCCCACCGCCAUCGUCGCCAUCGUCCCCUUCAUCUACAACCUCUUCAAGAGCCACCCCACCUGCACCUUCAUGCUCCACCGCGUCGUCCGCGACGACGCCCGCAAGGCCGAGCUCGACGCCGCUGGCAUGGACGACCCCUUCGACCCCGACGAGCCUGACCCCACCCGCACCGACGCCCUCGAGAGCAGUCUCUGGGAGAUCGUGUCCCUCCAGUCCCACUACCACCCCAACGUUGCCGCCAUCUGCCGCAUCAUCUCCGAGCAGUUCACCAAGCAGAUGUACAGCCUCGAGGACUUCCUCGACUACACGUACCAGGGCAUGGUGCAGGCGGAGCUGGGGUCGGAGGCGAAGCCGCUCAAGCGCAUUCCGGUCGUGGAAUAUCAGAUCCCCAAGCGAAUCUUUACCGAUCGGUUGUUGGAGGAGGAUGGGGGCCAGGAUACGGCUCCGGGCAGCUUAUUGCGAGGUCUGUGGGAUUUCUCGUGA